AUGACUCAGAGAGAGGCAGGGCAAGGCAUUUUCAAAUCUGCUCUGCUCAAGGCAGAAAAAAAGAAAAAAGAAGAGAGGAAACUGACUGGGAAAAAUAUGAAAACACGUGAUCAACAAGUACAGGUUAAAUUUGCACGUCUGAUAUCAUUUCAGAUGAUGCCAAUGUCUUUUCCUCCCAUAGUGUUGUGGUUCAAUUGAUGCUCACAGCAAUAUUAAAGCCUUGCUAUUCUUUUGGAUCUUUUGUUGUAAUACACUCUCUCUGUCAGCGUAGCACUAUAAAGUAAUAUACACCGUAUUCACAAAUGGCGGACUCGCGGGAAAAAACUGGUGCCUAGUCAUGAAAGCGAGGCGUUGGAGGAUAACAAAAAUUGCAAACGAAGACUUUCAGUGAACUUACAGAGUGUUUAGCACAGAUUCCACCUAAAAUAACUUUCUACGGACUUCUUUUUAAAUACAAUUACGUGGGAUGUCUUCUGCUUUUAAUGUUUAGUAGCGAUUUGCUGUUUGCAAUCAAAAGGGACGCGUAUAUCUUCAAGGAAACAGAAUGAUUUUUAAGGUUUCCGAAGCAUCAGAAGCUCGACAAGUGGACGAUGGCUGGAGAAAAGCCAUGUUGACCCAAACUUCACAUUGAAACCGACUACGAAAGCCAGCUCAUUGCAAUUCGGUGAAACAGAAAUAUAAACAAAUCUUGGUGGCAAGAAAAAAAGAAAUAAGUGACAGAUGUAUGGCCUACUUGCAACUGUUAACGCAAGAGACGUCUGCCGUUGAACAAAACAGUUCAAGUAGAGAUGGAAAAAGGAAGACAGGAAAGAAGAGGUGACUGAGGUUUCGAUGAAGUUAUGUUUGGUUUUUGUUCGCCAGGACGUUAUUCUCUGGUCUUUAUCAAUGAAGAACAUCAAUAAAUCAGCGGAGUUGACCUUUUUUUAAUGUGCAGGAGCGACCGAGAGGAGUACGCUCAAAAUUUCAACUUGCUACUCGGCAGACUCGGUAAGCCGGCCACAUAUCAUUUCAGCGAGUAAUUUCGUAUUUCUUACCUUUGGCUGUUAAGAGUUUUAACUUUAUGUUCCAUAAUAUUUUAAAGUUGAAGAAUACAUAAAUAAAUAAAAUGAUUCUUAAACUGAUCCAGACUCGAAUUCAAUUAUUCGAAAGAGAAGCUUGCCGUGUUCAGUCCUGACAAAAACAUUACCUUAAAAUUUUAACCUAGUAAAAUGUAAGCUUUAUACCACUUUUUUACCAAGAGCUCUCAGACAUAAUGCCCUAAAAGAAACCAGGCAAAUAGCAAGCCAUAAGGUUCACACACUACAGCUUCUAAUUUUGAUAAAAUUAUUUUUAAUUACUUCGCAAUGACAAAGAAAUCAUGAGAUUUUUGCUAAGCUCUGCCAACCUACCUCUAACAAUUCCCUCCAAAGCGACGGAAUUAAUUUGAUCCAAUACAGAAUUGUAGUAAGCUGGCUUUCGUAUUUGGUUUCAGUGUGAAGUUUGGGCCAACAUGUUUGCCGCUUUUCUCCAGCGAUCGCCUACUCUUCGAGCCUCUGAUGCUUCGGAAACCUCGAGAAACCUACCAGAUCAUCCUGUUUCCUGAAGAUAUACGCGUCCCUUUUGAUUGCAAACAGCAAAUAGCUACUAAACAUUAAAAGCAGAAGACAUCCCACGUAAAUUGUAUUUAAAAAGAAGUCCGUAGAAAGUUAUUUUAGUUGGAAUCCGUGCUAAACACUCUGCAAGUUCACUGAAAGUCUUCAUUUGCAAUUUUUGUUUAUCCUCCAACGCCUCGCUUUCAUGACUAGGCACCAGUUUUUUCCCGCGUGUCCGCCAUUUGUGAAUACGGUGUAUAAUGUUGUAAUCUUAUUGUUACAAUUUUAUUUGACAGAUUAAAGUUGGAUUGGUUUAUAACUACAAUGGUGACCUGAAGCAGAAAAGGGGUUCUACCUUGCCUAUAGAAGCCAAGAGUAAUAUCACAGAUAUUACUCUGAAGCGAGUUGCCUUGCAGAAACAUCUGGCAUUCACCAUUUUCCUUCCAAAGGAUCAUGAAUACCUUUUACUAUAUCCAGACUUCCAGCAAGUGAAAUAUAUACCCGGAACGACCCAGCCCUUUACCCUGCAACGUUACAAAGAAUGUCUUGGAAAACCCUACCAAAGAAUAACUCUGUUUCUUUGUGACGAGGAAGAUUUUAUGGGUACAUGUACAUCAACAUUUUUUAUUGAAAAAGUCAUAUAAUAAUAAUAGUAUUUUAUUGAAGGGCUUAACUCUGUUUAUAUAACUAUAGACAAGAACAUUUAAUAUUUGACCUUGAUCAAUAUAGAAAACUAGUAAGCUUUCAGAGUACAUUGUACAUGUACAUUUGCUUCCCAAAUUGAUUCAUAGCAAAAGUUAAAUUUCUUUUUGUGUAGUAUGAGGCAUCCUGAACAAAAACUUUGUAAAUACAAAACUAGUUUGAAGUUUGCGGGAAACAAUAAUCACAAUACAUCUGUAAGUCUGGUAGAAUUUUUCUGACACAGAUGCCAGAAAAGAUGACAGAAAAGUCAAAUUACCUGAUUUUUUAAAUAAUUUUGUGGUAAUAAAAAUAAUAUUGUGGUUUAAUAAUGUUAUCAUUCAUUUAUAAUUAUUAUUAUUGUGGAAAACAAUGGCUUUAAAACUACCCAAUUGUAUUACAUACAGGUCAUAGUAAAACAAAUUACCAUUCAUGCAUGAGUAUUACAUGUGUAUUAGUAUUAUAUUACUACUACAUGAGAAAUUUCUGCAAUUUGAUUGGCUCAGAGCAGUGGUAUUUCAGCUUAAUUUGAAAUACCUACAUGUGAAAAUUACAAAUCUUUUGCGGGUAGUAGUAUAGACAAAUAAUAGCAUGAUUUGUACGUGAUAUUUGGCAUAAAUACCGCUCAUGAUAUUUCAAAAUUGCCUCAAAUUUCACUUGCCUAUCGCCUCGUGAAAUUACAUAUAACAAAUUUUGAAAUAUCACUAGUGGUAUUUAUGCCAAAUAUCACUACAAAUCAUGCUAUUACCUAUACUAAUGAUUUUAUUGUAAGAACAUUCACUGAAUAUACAUCAUUCCUUUUUUAAUUUUAGAGUCGGGUUCUAAGUCAUCAGACACUGAAGACAACAUUCCCCAGAAGAAACAUGCCACAGACACUUUAGAUAAGGUACAGUGUAUUUGCUUUUAUUGUUGUUAUUGGCUUUCUUUCUUAGGUAGGUAGGGAGCUACUUAAGCUCAAUUCUUGGAUAAUUCUAUCUUUUUUCCUUGGCACAAAGACUCUUGUAGAUUCCUCUGGCGAUUCCGUUGUCACAUUUAAGCCAAAGUGGCUAGACAAUCUUGAUGGACAUGGUUGGUCGGAUGAUGAUCUUCAUGUACCGGUGUUUACUAAUGGACAGUCGUCAUCUUGUGGAAUUGGAAGGUAAAGGCAAUUUAAGCAAAGACAUAUAGAUUAAGAAUGGCUUCUUGCUGCCUGCAGUAUCAGACGAUUUACGCGAACAUAAAAUAUCUACAUAAUGGAUUAUCUUUCAUGAUAAAUUUUAUAUGUUUUUAGAGGUAACAUGUUCUAGGGUUUGACUUAGAGUAAAUGAACAUUCAAUUCUAAAAAAGAUUACAUUACAUGUAUCACUGUAUGUAAUAUGCUGUGUAAUGGUAGCUUGUUUUCCUCUACACUAGGUAUGAUAUAAUAAUAACUUCCUGAGCAGAAAAAAGGGAGAUUAAAUUACAUGCAAGGAGCAUGAAAAAAAGGUGGAGAGGGAGCGUAGUGUAAAAUUUUAAUCAUUUAAUUCUGACAAUCAUCUCUUGUACAAAAAAAAGGUAGGUACAUUGGUCAAUGUGUGAUUUGGCAAAAAUUAACUUCCACACUGCAAAGCAGUUCCAAAGGUCAUUUUCCAUUUUCCAUUUCUCCCACGUAUUAUUUCCUACUUUCAAGUUCUUUGUUAAUUUUGUUUUAGUUAUUAUCGUGGUAGUGAUUUUUGUUUCUUUCUAACAGUAGCGCUACACAAAGUGACAGAGAGAUGGUAAUAAGUAAAUAAAAUGUUUUUGUGGUUUCAAAUCAUCCAUGCAUUACUUUUGCAAUGUGUGCUUGUUACCGAAAAUCAAAACCAGCAGGUUCAAAGAUGCAACAACUCGUUUAUCCCGCACUAUGCUGCUAAGAUUGGGAUAUAGAGCUGUUUUUAAUAUUGUGAUAACUUAUUAGUUAUGUUCUUAUUGUUAAGAAUAAUUCAAUUUAAUGACUGAAAGGUUUUUGUCUAAUAAACAAUUUUCUUCUUUUUUCGUCUUUUGCUGAGUCAGAAAAUAUGGCCCCUCCAGCAGCAUGUCAGGAAAAAGAAGACUCUUUGUCAACUACAACUAGAACAUCUACUACCUCUUCUUAUGAACACUGCAUAGGAAGAGAUCAACCUAGCCCAGCUGUACCUGGAACAUCCCAUGGCUCUUCUGAUUUAUUUCAUGCACAGUAUGACAAUUAUGUUGACCUCAUCGAUGAAGAUCAAGACGCAGAUUUCCUUGCUGCUAUAGAGGCAAGCUUGUUAGAUCAACAGACAGCCACCUCAAGUAAUGCAAGUGACACUGACCAACAAGCAAGGAAAAACCAGUCUCUAAAUGCCAUCCUGGCAUCCUUCCAAGCUGACACGUUUCAGCAGCAUCCUGAAGCAGAUGAAACUGUCAGUAUUAUUAUCAGUCGGAAAUCUGUUUUGCAAUCGACUCUCAGAGCCAUUGAGAGAAAAACCUUCUCCUUUUUCAAACCUGUUAUUGUAACGUUUGCUGGUGAGGAGGCUGUUGAUGCUGGAGGGCCAAAGCGAGAGUUCUUUCGCCUGCUCAUGUCCAGUAUUCGGGAAUCUGCAGCUUUCAGUGGUUCAUGGUUUUCUCAUGAUCUUAAUCAGCUGAGCAGCCAGAAGUAUACUUUAUAUGGUAAAUUAGUUGCUUGGAGUGUCUUGCAAGGUGGUACUGGUCCCAGAUGCUUGUCAUCAGAGGGCUACAAGAUACACAGGGGUGCAACCUUUGACCAAGCUUUAGCUAUUGAGGAUGUCGCUGAUGUACAGAUGAAGGAGAUAUUGAGAGCUACUGCAAAAUGUUGCUCGAAAGAAGAGUUUGAUGGAGUCAUCACCAAGCACGCAGAUCAGAUUGCUCAGUAUGGUUACCCAAACAUAUACACUGCCAAGUUGGCCCAGAAGAAAGAGGUGGUGGACUGUUUGCUGAGGCAAAACUUUGUUUGUGGUGUUCAUGCAGAAUUUUCUCAAUUCAUGGAAGGGAUGGACACCACUGGCAACUUUGGAUUUAUAGUCAAGGAAAACCAAUCGGUUUUUGAUGCCAUUUUGAGUAGCAAACAUGAUAAGCUUACCUUGGGAGCUUUUUCGUCCCUAUAUGAAUUAGACCGAUCUGAGAAAGGAUCAAACAACAGAAGUCGUGAGGAUUCCACGAUUUAUUGUUUUGAGCUCUUCCUCAAGGACCUUGAAGAAGGUGAAGCAGAUGGUUUAACACUUGAGGACCUCCUUGUGUUUAUCACUAGAGCGGAUUCUGUUCCUCCCCUAGGUUUUCAGCAGUUAACUGAUUUCUGUGCAGUUUUACGACUUCACUGGAAAUGUCCACCGUCGUCCCUGGUCAUCAACAUGUGCCCUAACUUUGCAUUUGCCAAGGGGUGUUGA